AUCCAGUGAUCCCUUUCCCUUGUCCUUUUCUUUCGUGAGAGAGAGGCUCGAGUCGACGACACACCAAGUCCUUCUUCUUCUUACUUCAUUCUUUGGAUCUGAUUCGGAUCUAUCACUCUCUCACUGUCUCUCAGAUCUCCAUCGUCCUCUUGUAAGCUUCAUCAGACUUCUGAUCUCUUGUUACUAUAAAUCUCUUUGUCUAGAUUAAGAUAUUGGCAUAUCUACCCCUGUUGACUCCAAGUCUGCAGCUUUAGUUGUGCAGAAGAAUCUGAGCUCUAUUGAAUUGCAGAUCCAUAAAGCUAAAUCCUUUCUACUUGUUUGACUGGAGGAAGAGAAAGAUGGUUUCUCUUUGAUGACAUGAGGGAUGUUAGCUACGUUAAUGAAACUAUUGAGUGCUUGUCUCUGGCCUUCUUCCUCCUCUGAUUCUUCAGCUGGGAGACAAGAUGGGUUGCUCUGGUACAAAGACUCUGGUCAGCACCUACUUGGUGAGUUCUCUAUGGCGGUUGUUCAGGCCAACAAUCUCCUUGAGGAUCAGAGCCAACUUGAGUCUGGCCCUCUGAGUACUCUUGAUUCUGGUCCUUAUGGAACUUUUGUUGGAGUAUAUGACGGUCACGGCGGCCCUGAGACCUCACGCUUUGUCAACGAUCAUCUCUUUCAGCAUUUAAAGAGUGAGCUACUGAAUCCUUUGUAUUUUGCUUAUUGGACCGACCUCAUUGAAUCUUUUGUUGAAUCUGUAGGAUUUGCAGCAGAGGAAGCCUGUCUGUCGAUGGAUGUAAUUAGAAAGGCUUACGAGGCGACUGAAGAAGGGUUUCUUGGGGUUGUGACGAAGCAGUGGCCGGUGAAGCCACAGAUUGCAGCUGUUGGGUCUUGCUGCUUGGUCGGUGUCAUAUGCGGAGGGAUGCUCUACAUCGCUAACGUUGGGGAUUCCCGUGCAGUUCUUGGGAGGGCUGUGAAGGCGACAGGUGAGGUUAUUGCGCUUCAGCUCUCAGCGGAACAUAACGUGAGCAUAGAGUCUGUUAGACAGGAAAUGCACUCCUUACAUCCAGAUGACUCGCAUAUUGUUGUGUUAAAGCACAAUGUGUGGCGUGUUAAGGGACUUAUUCAGAUAUCAAGAUCCAUAGGCGACGUGUAUCUUAAGAAGGCGGAGUUCAACAGGGAACCACUCUACACAAAGUAUAGACUCCGCGAGCCGAUGAAGAGGCCAAUCUUGAGUGGGGAACCGUCGAUAACAGAGCAUGAGAUCCAACCACAUGAUCAGUUUCUGAUAUUUGCUUCAGACGGGCUAUGGGAACAGAUGAGCAACCAAGAAGCUGUUGACAUCGUUCAGAACCACCCUCGAAACGGGAUAGCACGUAGACUGGUGAAGAUGGCACUGCAAGCUGCAGCAAAGAAGAGAGAAAUGAGAUAUACUGAUCUGAAGAAGAUAGAGAGAGGGGUUAGGAGGCAUUUCCACGAUGACAUCACUGUCGUGGUCAUCUUCCUUGACACCAAUGUGAUGGGCUCUGCCAAAGGAGGACCCUCUGUUUCUAUCAGAGGCGGCGGUAUGACUUUCCCCAAGAAACUCUAAAAGUUACUUCCUCCUUCCUUUUUAGAUUCCCAAUCUUUUGUAGCUACGUAUGAAAAUGUUUCUCUUUGUUGUUUGUAUAAGAAUGUAUAAUUGUAACGUGAAAGCCCACACACUACUGACGUUUGGAAACUCAAUUCCAGUAAUCAUUUAAUUUUUAUUUAUUCAGCAAACUUUGUGUAAUGAAGGAUGUAAUUGUUGUUGAUGGUGAAUCAAUGUAGUAGGCCUUUCUUGCGUCA